CGGCGGCGCCAUUAUCGCAACAGUAGUUCCGGAAACGCACGCAAGCACGCACGCGUCACGAACGAAACCCAGAGUAAAACGGGCCGCAGCUGUGUCGGUUUUAUUUUGAAAUUUUCGCCGGUUUUGCAAAGCGAUCGCGUGCAAAAAUGUCUAACAAUACAGCCCCCGAUAAUUGGGAGACCCAAGCGGACGCCCAAUCUGUCGAAACCUCACCGACGAAACAACUCGCGGACGUCACACCGAAGUUCUCCACGUUGAACGUCAAUGCCGUUGAAUUUGUGCCUUCUUUUUGCAAGAACAUCGGCGUCGAACAAAGCUCGAGCCCCCAGGAUAACUCCCCAACCGAAGACGCCUCACCAGAACAUUGUCCCGUCAUAAACGGUUCAAAUACAGAUCUGACGGAACAGGUAGACGUUCGAGAGCCACCUCCCGUGCCCCCGGCAGACGGGGGCGAUACAUCGCCGGGAGACGGCGGGACUUGGGAGGAUGUGGCCGAAGACAACGAGGUUUUAACACCUGAAGGUGACGAGGAUGAACCAUCAUCAGAAGAAGCCCCGAAAAUAAUCAAGAAAAAAAUCGCAAAAGCCGAAGAAGCGGCUAAAAAUAAAAAGGAACAUGUAAACGUUGUGUUUAUCGGGCACGUAGAUGCCGGAAAAUCAACUAUCGGCGGACAAAUUAUGUCCUUAACGGGAAUGGUUGAUAAAAGAACGUUGGAGAAGUACGAAAGGGAGGCGCGGGAGAAAAGUAGGGAAUCUUGGUAUUUAUCGUGGGCUCUAGAUACAAAUCAAGAAGAAAGGGAUAAAGGAAAAACUGUAGAAGUAGGUAGAGCAUAUUUUGAGACUGAGAAAAAGCAUUUUACUAUAUUAGACGCACCCGGACAUAAAAGUUUUGUUCCGAAUAUGAUUGGGGGGGCCGCCCAAGCAGAUUUAGCCGUUUUAGUAAUUUCAGCAAGGAAAGGUGAAUUUGAAACCGGUUUUGAUCGAGGGGGGCAAACUCGAGAACACGCAAUGUUGGCAAAAACAGCGGGGGUCAAACACUUGGUGGUUUUGGUGAAUAAAAUGGAUGAUCCAACGGUGAAUUGGGACGAAACCCGUUAUAACGAAUGCCGUGAUAAGAUCAUGCCCUAUUUAAAAAAAUUAGGAUUCAAUCCGGCCAAGGAUUUAACGUUUCUCCCAUGUUCAGGUUUAACGGGGUUAGGUUUACGCGAACAAAUUGAUGAAACGAUUUGCCCGUGGUAUCGAGGAUCUGCUUUUAUACCGUUCAUCGAUAAUUUACCCUCACUCAAUCGUAAAUGUGAUGGCCCCUUUAUAAUGCCCAUUGUAGAUAAGUACAAGGAUAUGGGGACGGUCGUUAUGGGAAAAGUUGAAAGUGGCGAGUGUCGGAAAGGAACUAAUUUAGUAAUUAUGCCUAAUAGGACUUCAGUGACGGUGGAUCAACUUUGGUCGGAUGAUGAUGAAGUCCAGCAUGUGGUGCCUGGUGAAAACGUGAAAGUAAAGGUAAAAGGGGUUGAGGAGGAAGAUGUUAGUCCUGGUUUCGUUCUUUGCGAUGCAGCGCAUCCAAUUCGAGUGGGGCGAAUUUUUGACGCGCAAGUUGUGAUUCUCGAACACAAAUCAAUUAUUUGUGCGGGGUACAGCGCUGUCAUGCAUAUUCAUUGUGCCGCCGAAGAGGUUACCGUUAAAGCCUUAAUCUGUUUAGUCGAUAAGAAAACUGGCGAAAAAAGCAAGACCCGACCGAGGUUCGUUAAACAAGACCAAGUAGCAAUCAUGAGAAUAGAAUGUGCGGGAGUAAUUUGUUUGGAAGUAUUCAAACUGUUUCCUCAAAUGGGAAGGUUUACGCUGCGAGAUGAAAAUAAAACGAUUGCCAUUGGGAAAGUUUUAAAAGUUGUGGAAUAGUUUUGUUGAUAAGGACAAAGAUAGACAUAUUAGGAUGUAAGAUACUCUAUUAAAAAAAAAAAAGAAAAAAAAUGAGAAUAUAAAAAGUUUUAAAAAUCGCAAAAGCAACGCAAAACGAAAUUUAAAAAAAUGUGUACGAAUGAAGACUAUGUUGGAUGAGAUUUUUUUCUUUGAUUUAUUAUUUGAGGUGCUGAGGGGGAUCCAGACAGGCUUAAUAAGAAUAUCCUUUUUUGUACAGUUAGUUAAUUUUUAUUUUAAUUUCUCAAAGUAUAAUCAAAAUAUUUGGUGUAGAGGAUCUUUUUUCGUUUCAGAUUGUUACUUAUUUUUUUUUUUGUCAUCUUCAUUAAUAAUUAAAAAAAAAAUGUAUAAUU